UAGCAAAGUUGCGUGAUAUGCGGUGAGGAUGAGGGCUGUGUUCAUGUCAGCGAAGGUAUUAGCGACCCUGUCAAACAAACUCACAGAGAAGUGGCACUGAUCACCUGUGUUAAAUGGACAUUUCUUGACAGGAGCCCUCUGACGUCACGCUUUUUCUCGGGGGAAAAGAGUAAAUGUCAUCUGACCCCCUGGAAGAAACACCCCAGACCCUACUUUAUGUUUUGUCGGGAGGCCAUGACUGCUGUCAACAUCACCAGAGACAUCCUGCACAGGCAGAUCCGAGACAAGAGAGCAUCAGCCUUCCAAAGGUCCUAUCAUGUGACUGACCCUUUCAUCAAAAGACUUGGACUGGAGGCUGAGCUUCAGGGUCAUACCGGCUGUGUGAACUGUUUGGAAUGGAAUGAACGAGGAGAUUUACUGGCCUCAGGCUCAGAUGAUCAACAUGCCAUCAUCUGGGAUCCGUUCAGAAAGAAGAAGCUUACAACUAUGCACACGGGUCAUGCAGCAAAUAUAUUCUCCGUUAAAUUCCUCCCUCACUCGGGGGACAGAAUUUUGAUAACGGGUGCGGCCGACACAAAGGUCCACGUGCAUGACCUGACGGCGAAGGAAACCAUCCAUAUGUUUUCUGAUCAUACAAACCGAGUGAAACGCAUUGCCACAGCACCCAUGUGGCCCAACACCUUCUGGAGUGCUGCGGAGGAUGGCAUCAUCAGACAAUAUGACUUGAGGGAGAGCAGUAAGCGCUCGGAGGUGCUUAUUGACCUGACGGAGUUCUGUGGUCAGCUGGUUGAGGCCAAGUGUUUAGCUGUCAACCCACGGGACAACAACUACCUGGCAGUGGGAGCCAACGGGCCUUUUGUUCGCCUUUAUGACAUCAGGAUGAUUAACAACUACAGGAAAUCUGUAAAUCAGAGCACAUCAGCAGCUGUGCACACAUUCUGUGAAAGGCAGAAACCCAUCCCAGAUGGAGCCGGGCAGUAUUAUGUUGCAGGGCACCUGCCAGUGAAGCUCCCAGACUACAAUAAUCGCCUAAGGGUUCUGGUGGCCACCUAUGUCACCUUCAGCCCCGAUGGCACUGAGCUACUAGUUAACAUGGGUGGCGAACAGGUGUAUCUGUUUGACUUGACAUUCAAACAGAGGCCAUACACCUUCUUGCUUCCAAAAAAGUGCCAGUCAGGAGAUGUGCAGAACGGAAAGACAACCAAUGGCGUCUCAAAUGGAAUUGUUUUGCCAACCAGCCAUAAUAGAUUUGCCGGAAGCAAGAUACAUUUGAGUUCUACUGAGCUCCCUGCUCACUUGGAGACGAUAAAGCAACAAGCUAAUGAUGCAUUCGCACGGCAGCAGUGGACUCAGGCCAUCCAGCUGUACAGUUUAGGCAUUCAUCAGGCCAGCUGCAACGCCAUGCUAUAUGGGAACCGGGCAGCAGCAUACAUGAAACGCAAGUGGGACGGCGACCAUUAUGACGCCCUUAGGGACUGCCUGAAGGCUCUGACUCUGAACCCUGCUCAUCUGAAGGCUCAUUUCAGGCUGGCACGGUGUCUGUUUGAGCUGAAGUAUGUGUCUGAAGCUCUAGAGUGUCUAGAUGAUUUCAAAGGAAAGUUUCCAGAGCAGGCGCAAAGUAGUGCCUGUGAUUCCUUGGAUAAAGAUAUCAAGGCUGCUCUCUUCACCAAGACAGAAACAGCAGAAGAUAAGAAGGCCAACAGCUCCAUUCGAUUCCACUCAUUCAAUCGUAAGGAGUCCAUCCCAGAAGAUGAGUUGGUGCUGAGGGAGCGCAGCUUCGACUACAAGCACAGAUACUGUGGUCACUGCAACACCACCACUGAUAUCAAAGAGGCCAACUUCUUUGGAAGCAAAGGCCAGUACAUUGUCAGCGGCUCAGACGACGGCUCCUUCUUUAUCUGGGAGAAGGAGACCACGAAUCUGGUGAGGAUCCUGCAGGGCGAUGAGUCCAUAGUCAACUGCCUGCAGCCCCACCCCAGCUACUGCUUUCUGGCUACCAGUGGUAUUGACCCUGUGGUUCGAUUGUGGACCCCUAGACCAGAGACAGAGACUGAGAACGGGCGAGUGGUGGAGGACAUGGAGAGUGCUGCUCAGGCGAACCAGCGGCGUAUGAACGCCGACCCCCUGGAGGUAAUGCUGCUCAACAUGGGCUAUCGCAUCACAGGCCUGCGUGGCGUUGGCCCAGAUGGCUCGGAUGACGAAGACAGCUCAGAGGGACAAGUGCAGUGUCGGCCAAGCUAAACAAACUGUCCGCCAUUCUAGAGAAUGGACGAAGGAAGCAAGGCACUCUCCCAGCUCCUGUUUUGAAUCUUUAUUUCCCCCCCAAUCUGACAUAAACAUUGAUUGAAUGUCAUGUCACACCUCUGCACUAUGCACCGCCCUCCCCUUGUCCAAAGAGAGGACUGGUGGAGACCACUUUGGGGAGAGGAAUUCAUGGAGGGUUGAGAAGACGCCCAUCUCGCCCCCUUCAAAGCACCAAACUCAGCAGCUCCCUCCACAGGGGGGACACCUUUUGAGGGGAGCUCCUUCCACGUCACUCCCCAGUUUCUCACGAAGAAGGAGGAGCUCAGCACUUAUCCCUCCUCAGGUUUAUGUCGGAGUGACACACAACACGCCUGCGCUCGGACGACCUAUUUUCAGGUCAGUGUGGCCACACAGUCGCAUAGAGUGUCCUCAAUGGAGGAUCGGAUCUCAGUCCGGAAGACGGUGCUUUGUUGCAUCUCCAGUCGGCUCCACAGUUGGAGCUUAGAGUCUUAGAGCCCGCUCAUCUCAGAAAGGCUGCACACCCAAGUUAUUAAUUCUGAGUUAGACUUGGUCAUGUUUUCAGUGUGUAUGUUUCAGAGUUUUGAUCACAGGAAGCAGAAAAUGAAUUGUUGCUCUAAUGAAUUUUGUUUGUAUCUGUCAGAAAAAACAAGUGUUUUCUUCUGCCAAAGGUUGUCAUUUCAAUGGCCAAGGAUUAAUGUCUGCUUUCUUUGUUUCAUUGAAACAUAAUUCUGCCAUUCUGUACUCCUUUUAGUCAAGAGGUUUUACUAGAAUAGAUUGUUGACAAGAUCAACAAGAUAUCUAAAGAGAAACAUUUGUUAGAAAAAAACAACAAAUUUCUUUUUGGUAGAAAUCAAGUCCCAUUGAUUGCAAAUGUUGUUUGGCAUGAAACGUCUGUGUGCAAUUUACGUUGGGUAUGAGUGGGGCAUAUAUUUUUGGUAGUUUUAAUUAUUUUUCAAUGAAUUGAAAUUACCAAAUUGAAUUAAUAUUUUUGGUAUAUGGCAACAUGGCGCUAAAUAUUUUUUGGCUAGCUAGCUAGCUGCGUGGCUCUAGCAAUAGUCCUCCGCUGCAGUCAGGUGUUCAGUCCUGCUUGCAUGAGGCUUCUCUGAUUAUAGUUGUGGCCAAAAAAAGGACACAGAGCCAUCCCAUCUGUUGCUCAGAGAACAGUUCAUUGGGGCUUCUUUGCCCCUAAAUAGGGUAAAUAUUAAGUAAAGGGUCCUCAAACACAUGCAACACUCGGCUACCAUGUGUUUUACUUUGUUUAUUCAUUUGAGAUACUCUGUUUUUCUUUGAGGAAUCCUACGAUAACCUUUGUUGCAAUACAAAGUAAAGAAUAAAAUUAUUGAACACCUUG